GGCACACAGAAGACGUCUUUUGGUACUCUCAGAUAGUGGGUCCGAUUCCAGUGAAGAUGUCGCUUUUUCCACUUCUCUUCGCACUCGUCGUCCGUUGGUGCUUGAUUCGGAUUCAGAAGACCACACAGGGACACACGAACCAAAGCGCCCCAGACACAAGUCAGACUCUAACGGAUUUUCCAAUGUCGGCAACACGAUUCCAGUUGCUGAACUUAAUUUCUCAUCAGGAACCCCACAGCCAUCGACAUCUCGUGUGAUGCCCCAAGACAUCGCAGGGUCGGAAUAUGUUAAUCACGGUACUGGUAGAGAAGGGCUGCCGAAGAAAAAGAAGAAGCGAAAAACCUUGAAAGCCAAAUCUACCACAAGUAAAAGUCGAUCGAAGUUGAAAAAGAAACCUAAAUCCAAAAAGCUUGUCAAGCACCGGAAAAACUUGACGGCUACCCAGCGUAGGCUCAGAAUGCGCGCUGCUGAGAAUACUUCAUUGACAUCAUCCGCGUCUAGAAGUUCUGAUUUUCAUUCUUCUCCCCACAAACGGCCUUCGAUCCGUGCAGUUCCUCGCCUCUCUCUGUUCGGCGCCGAACCUAUUUCCGGUGUUUUUGACGAAUCCCCGCCGAUACCAGCUACAGAAAGAACUCGAUCACAACCUUCGUCCUCGGCCACAUUUCCCUCGGUCAAUCGCAACUUAUUGAGUGAAAUCGAGGCCAAACAAGCAUCCACCUUCAGAUUUACCACUCGUCACAUGCAUGUGAAUCCAGAUCACUCGAUCUGUCCGAUCCCAGUGUCCCAGUCGAGUACGUCAGCGAGCAGUUCCUCGGUUGGACCACGUAACAACUUAACUCACGCGAAGUGUUAUUCCCCAGAUGUGAAAACCAGUUUGCCUAAUAGAACUGGACAACCAACCACCACAACACAACCACAGUCUCAGCGCGAUGUACAACCAUCGAGCUCUGAUCAAUCGCGAACCGGGCAUUCAAUUGGUACUGUUAGCAAGAAACCUGCAGCACAAACCGCUGCUACCUCGACUGGGGCACCAGGCUCCAGUGCGUCCAGCCAGAACGGAUGGAACUCGGAAAGAUUGAACCAUAUUCGAACGUUAGUAAAGGCCAACUUGAGGCCACACUUUGCCAGUGGACUGAUAGACAAAGCUACCUACAAACGUAUUCGGGAGCGAAUCUUGUUCAAGGUUCAGCAGAAACAGGCAACCAAAGUGACGGAUAACCGGGUGGUCAAGUUGGUGAAUGAGUAUGUAGACUACUGCUUGCGACAUACGCCCACUGAUUCCUCCAAUCGAAGCGAGCAGUCUUCUUGAUGCAACUACACUCCCGUGCUUGCUGUUUCUCGUCUCCUUUUUUAAUGUUCUUGAUGUUUCGAUAAAUGUUGUACAUACCGGUUUAAACUUAAGCCACUUGUGGCUCAUAGGAUUAAUGCAGUUGUGGACCCAAAACGUUCCAGUUUCAUAAUCAAUUUUGAUAGCCUGGAAACAGAACAUGCUUUGGCGUCGAA